AUGGCCGACACCGCGCCCUCAGCAGCUGGCACCUUGCCCGGCGCCGCGGCCGGCGACAGCAUUCCCGCGCUGCAGCACCAGCAGACGGACGAGCUGCCCAUCGAGGCCGCCAGCGAGGAGGGCGACUCGGACGAGUUCGACCCGCAAGAGGGCUUCGAGACGCGCUCGACGGGCUCGACGAGCGCCUGUUCGAGCGUCUUCGCCCACACCUACGAGCACGGCCGGCGGUACCACCACUUCAAGAACGGGCGCUACCCGAUCCCCAACGACAACGACGAGCAGAGCCGCGAGGACAUGAAGCACGCCAUGAUGCUCGAGCUCAUGGACGGCAAGCUGUUCUACGCGCCCAUCGGCGACACCCCGCAGAUGAUUCUCGACAUCGGCACGGGGACCGGUGAGUUUUUCUGUCUGUCCGUCGCAUUUUUCGGACUGGAGCCCGCUGAUGAACGAAUCUCCUGCGAAAUAGUCGGCGACAGGUAUCCCAGCGCCCGCGUGCGCGGCAUAGAUCUCGCGCCCAUCCAGCCCGGCUGGCUGCCUCCGAACGUCGACUUUCUCGUCGACGACUGCGAGAAGGACUUUCUCACAGAGGACUGCGACCUCGUCCAUUUCCGCUUCAUGGGUAUCAUCAUGAAGCGGCCCGCCGUCAUACUGGAGAAUGCAUACAGGUCCCUCCGGCCAGGCGGCUACAUCGAGUUCCAGGAGCUCUGCGCCGAGCCCCUCUGCGACGACGACACCAUGCCCCCCAACGACCCAGUCAAGCUCAUGUACGACACGGCCAUCCGCGCCUUCGCCCGCUUCGGCGCCAACGUGCUCAUGGCCAAGGACCUCGAGCGGCCCCUGCGCGAGGCCGGCUUCGUCAACGUCCAGCGCGUCGUCAAGAAGGUGCCCAUCGGCACCUGGGCCCGCGACAAGACCCUGCGCCUCAUCGGCCUCUACCAGCGCACGGCCGUGCUCGACCUCAUGCCCGCGCUCGCCGGCCGGCCCUUCGAGGGGCUCGGCAUGACGCAGGUCGAGAGCCAGGUCCUGCUGGCGCACGCCCGGAGGGCGCUCAACGACGUGAGCGUGCACCGGUACUUUAACUACUACUUUUGGAUCGCGCAGCGGCCGGGCGAUUGA